CAUAUCAAUUGGUUAACGAUAGUCACAGUCAAGGCAACAUGGUGAAGGCACGAAAAUAUGUUGUGAAGAGACAAUUUGAGGGAGUCCCAAAGAGAGAUGAUUUUGAGAUAGUGGAAUAUGAACUACCAUCACUACGAAAUGGAGAAAUUCUUGUCAAGACCGAAUGGGUGAGUGUAGAUCCUUACCAAAGAGCUUACAAUCGGAGAUAUCCAACUCCCUAUGACCAGUUCGGUUUCUUAGUCGGUGUUGUAGAAGACACCAAAAAUCCUAAAUAUUCAGUUGGAACUAGAGUUGUUACACAUAAAGGCUGGUGUGACUAUUCUAUUGUCAAUCCGAACGAAUCCUCAACCAUGAGUAAUGUUGUGUACAAAUUACCCGAUCUCAAAGGCCAGUCACCCAUCCACGGUUUAAGUUCCGUAGGUAUGGUUGGAGUAACAGCCUACUUCGGACUUCUUGAGAUUUGUCAACCGAAAGCUGGAGAAACCGUUGUAGUUACCGGUGCAGCAGGAGCCGUGGGAUCUCUUGUUGGGCAAAUCGCUAAGAUUAAGGGUUGCAGAGUGAUUGGAUUUGCUGGUUCUGAUGAUAAGGUGAAUUGGCUUCAAAACACCUUAGGUUUUGAUAAGGCAUACAACUACAAAACAGCCAACAUAAAUGAAACUCUUAAGAUUGCUGCUCCUAAUGGAGUGGACUGCUACUUUGAUAAUGUGGGAGGAGAAAUAAGCAGUAUUAUUAUGAGUCAUAUGAAUAAUUUUGGUAGAGUAUCGGUAUGUGGCAGCAUUAGCGCCUACAAUGACGAUGUGUCCCAGCUACCUAGAGUGCCUCUUCUGCAAUUUGAUAUCACUAUGAAGCAAUUAAAGGUUGAAGGAUUCCUCGUACAUCGGUGGCUCACAAGAUGGUCUGAAGCAUUUGUCGAUCUCACCAAGUGGCUUCUGGAAGGAAAAUUAAAAACAAAUGAACACAUAACCGAAGGCUUCGAUAAAAUUUACGACGCCUUCAUCGGAAUGUUAGCUGGUGAAAAUACUGGCAAAGCAGUUGUAAAAAUAUGAAUAAUUAUUGUAGAUAAUAAAUUAUUUCUUACUUA